UCAGUCGGUCCGCGAUCGUGCGGCAGGGCGGACGUAUGCUGAUGCCGCCCAGAGUUGCCGCGAAAUAUUUGAAACAUUGCCGCAUUCCAUAAAAAUGGAUGUGUAAAUAUUUUUUGAACUUAGCGAAGCCAACAUAAGCGAGUGCUAUUAUAACUAUAAUUUUAUGAGUAUCAGCCGAGACAUCAAGAAACUUGUAAUCGAUUGCACUGUAAUUAAAUUUUGUUAUUAUCCUCAUAGACGUACGUUUUCUAAUUAGUGAAUGUGUAUGAUUGAUGUGUGUUUGUGUGUUUUACUUUUACCAACUAUGUAGGUAGAAUUUCCUUUUAACUUUCAACCUAUUAGCCAAAAACUUUAGAAGUUAUUUAUACCUACCCGUAACUAAGUGAACCAAUGUAGACAUAAACCCGACGGUCCAAACUAAGUGACUUAAAAAAACUCUGAUAUCAUAACUAUAUCAACCAAUUACGUAUUCAUAUCUAAAACCCAAAUAUCCAAAAAACUGUAAAUAUAUUUUCGGGAGAGAAAAUCGAUCUGGUGCGUGGACCAAACUUUGGCUUGAUGUAAUUAUAUCAUAUUAGUGUAAAUAGUGUAGACUUUGACUAGUGACUAGUGAAAUUUUUGUAAUUAUUAGUGAAAUUUAUUAUCUGUACAGCAAUUUUCACGCCUCGGCAACUUAAUUCAAGUUUCAAGCGGCCUCAACGAAAUUCUAUCGAUUUCAACUAGACGUUACCAAGUUUAACUUAAGGAAUCAUCUGCAACAAAACAAUCAGGAUUUAAGCUGUAUACGACAACAUGUCGGUUCCGACAACCGACAGCACUGAAGCCAUCACAAACUCCGGCUACGGCAGCAGCGAUGAGACGGCCAGCUUAUUGGUCUCCGGCCCCUCCGUUACCGUCAUCGUCCCCUCAGAGAACAGAACCGCCAAACCCGUACUACAGCGGCAAGACUGCACUACCCAUCUAAGACCUCAACUCUCCGGCGGUCCCGGCAGCGAGGAAUCCGGAACGUCCAUAAGAAUGGAAGAAGGAGCCGCCAGAAGCGUGCCAGACAUAGAACUCCAAUGUAGGGACCAAGUGUCAGACCGUCCGCAGACACUGGUGUCUCCCAUAGCAACCUGCUCGCAUAGGGGGUCAGUGACCGCCUGCCAGUUAGUGCCACACACGUACGCUAGAUGUCGCGUUUGCGAGCGGAGGCAAUCUACAGCGCCUAUGUCAGCGCUACAGCUAGCGCGAUCUGUGUCGCGAGAAAGCGUUCGCUCGGGGCUGCACUACCCUUGUGGUUGCAACACGCUUCACGCUGUCAGCACUUGUCCGGUUAUACACCCGCCAGCCUUAUUGAUACCAGCAACAAGUACCAGAAUCAUUCGGCAGAGCUCUCAGCCUGAGUCUAGCGCAUGCGCGGGGCAUUGUCCUCACCACGCCCACCACCACCCCAGCGCCUCACUGCGGCAGCUAAGAGAACCCGGUGACGGUAUAGCGGGCAUUGCAGCCGACUCUCUCCGAAUUAAUGGAGGGAUGCGACCCUUCAAACAGGGCCUGCUACUAUGUCCACAAUCCCUGUCGCAGACUCGUCGGAUGCGCUUGCGACGCGCGUUCACUGAAGCGACCGGCGACACAGUUACCUACGUUAGAACGGCCUGUACAGUAACUCGGGAUCAAACACCGCAGGUAAACAAAAGUCCUAAAUGUCUCAUAAGAUACGAACUCGUGCUGGAUAAAGCGGAUGUUGUCUGUCAUAGAAAAGUGUGA